AUGUCAACUUCAGCGGAACCAUUCUACCUCCGCUAUUAUUCGGGGCACAUGGGCCGCUUUGGCCACGAAUUCCUUGAAUUCGAUUUCCGGGUAGUGGGUGACGGGCGUAGCGCAGUGGCUCGCUAUGCAAACAACUCCAACUAUCGAAAUGACAGCUUGAUCCGCAAAGAGAUGAGCGUGAGCUCCGUGAUCGUUGACGAAAUCAAACGAAUUAUCAAAUCCAGCGAAAUUACCAAGGAAGACGAUGCGAAGUGGCCUCAGAAGAACAAGGAUGGGAGGCAAGAACUCGAGAUUCGGCUGGGGUCCGACCACAUCUCCUUCGAGACGGCGAAAAUUGGUUCACUGGUCGACGUCACCGAAUCGGCGGAUCCUGAGGGACUACGCGUGUUUUACUACCUGGUGCAGGAUCUGAAGGCUCUGGUUUUCAGCCUGAUCGCCCUGCAUUUUAAAAUCAAGCCUAUCUAG